AAAAAAGAAUCGAGGAAUAUCUAUCUUUCAGUUGAGGAGGCCAUUGAAGUAGUUAAUAAGCGUGAAUUUACGUUGGUAUCAAUUGAUAACGAAUUUUUCGAACGUUCAACAUCGAAAGUUAUAGAAAUUGGUAUUUCUAUCUACAGUCCUACUUAUCAGAAGUUUGCACUCUUUCCGCAUUUCCUCAAUUUUCAUUUUAUCAUCAAGGAGUUCAUUAAUUUGAGGAACGGACUUUUCGUCCCAGACUCAAAAAUGAAUAAUAUAACAGGUCAAUCUUUGAUUAUUUCGAAGCGAGAUGUACCACGGGCGAUGUCACUGAUCUUUGAAAUCUUGGGGCCAAAAGUUUGUAUUGUGGGCCAUAAUGUUUCAGGAGAUAUCAAAAGUUUUAAGUACCUAAACUAUGAGUUGCCAUCCAACAUCAAAAUAAUAGAUACUAUGCAUCUGUGGUAUAGCUUUAUUGGAUCAUCGUCAGGGAAGUCGUCUUUAUCAUUUAUCCUUGAUAAACUCAAUAUACCAAAUGCGUUUUUACACAAUGGUGUUAAUGAUGCCUACUUCACAUUAGUGGUAUCUUUGAUGCUUACUUCUCCUGAGCUCAGA